AUGGGACCAGCAAAUGGUGAUAACAACGAUCGCUGUUUCAAAGCAAACACCACUCGUUUGAGUCCGUCAUCAGGAAUCUCCGGGCGAGUGAGCGGCGGUCGAGUGGAGCCGACCCAACGCAACGCCACUCCAUCGCCAGUCCUAUCGUCGAUCUCAGGCCACAUGAAUGAUAGCGCAGGGAACGCGUUUUUGCUGUCAAAGCCUUCGCGGACUUCGGACGGAAUGAUAUCGGGUCUGAACUUCAACCAGACGUACGGCUUUCUCAACGCCUACCAGUCGUCGUCGCCGGCGUCGGUGGCGGGAGUGGCCGACAACGCGACCGCCGGUACGCCCAACAGCUUCACCACGUCGUCGCUGGACGGCUACCUCACGGGCGGCGGUCCCGGAGGGCACAGCUCUAACCACUCGUUUGAUUUGCUCGACUCGGACUCGUUCUCCGAGAUGCCCAACAGUCUGUCGCCCGCGUGUCAGCCCACGUCCGGCUACGACGACAACAACUCCGGCCACUCGUACGGCCACUGCAACGGUAGCGCCGCUAACGGCGACAGUAAGAAAGCGCUCGACGGGAGCGCCUCCGCCGCCGCGGCGGUCAACGGGUGUCCCUCUCAGCGGAAGAAGCGUAAGGGGUGUCCGCCGGUGCGGCCCUCGUGUCCCGAUUGUGGCAAAGAGUUCUCGAAUCAGUCGGCGCUGUCGAAGCAUAAGCUGACGCACUCGGAUGAGCGCAAGUUUGUGUGCAACCAAUGCGCCAAAGCGUUCAAACGCCAGGACCACCUCAACGGCCACCUCUUGACGCACAGAAGCAAAAAGCCCUACGAAUGCGAUGUCGAGGGCUGCGAGAAGACCUACUGUGACGCCCGUUCUCUUCGCCGUCACAAAGAGAAUCAUCACCCGAUCGGAGGACCCAUUGGUGGCCAACCGAACCAGUCGUUACAAACCCUGGCGUUCAUACCGGGGAUUGCGCUCAACUUUUCGACCACCAAUGUUGGCCUCACACCCAAUCAGGCGCUCAAUCGGAUACAGUACGCGCCGCCACCGCCGGCCGCUCUCCCGCCGCCACCACCGGCUCAACCGUCGUCGGUCUCUACGGCCGCGACCGCCGCUCAGCCGACAAACGUGUCGACGAUCACCAAUUCGGCGGAACAAUCGGCGGCCACUCAACUGCAACGGCUGGCCCUUCACAAGCACGACAACAGUCACGGCAACAUUCAGGGCAAUAUUCACGGCCCCAUCGGUGCCAAUAAAUGGUCGUCGGGUCGCGACCCGAUGCCUGUGCCGCCCAAAUGGCACCAAAACCAGUCGGUUAUCAACAAAAACUCGUACAUCAAUACCAACAGCGAGUUGACUGUCAAACAGUUGCUGAAUAAAGAGCUGAACCAUAAGCUCGAGGCCAGCGUCGCCCUCAUGAGCGGCGGCGGACCGGUAGCCGACACGCCGGAGAACGCACUGCUCCACCAAUUGCUCACUCAGUCGGCGCACAGUCAGGAACAGCACUUCAAAGACAAACCUCAACCACAGCCGCAACAACAACCACAGCCUCCGCUACCGCUCUUUCAUGUGCCACAACCGCAACCACAACAACACAGUCAACACACCAUUCACUCCCAUAACCCAUACCAACCGCCGUCCGCUCAACAGCACCCGAACCCACACCAUAACCAUCACCAACAGCCGCAACCACACCAUCAGCUCCAACAGAAGUCACACCAUCCGCAUCACAAACCCCAUCACCAGUCCUCCCAUCACAACUCAUACCGAUCUCAGCCUCAACCGCCACCACAACCGCAGCAUUCAAUGCAAUCCCUGUCCGCGAAUGAGUCACAACAGCAGCGGCCGCAGCACCAGAACUCUCAGGUGUCCUCAUCGGCGACGGCGGCCGACAACUGGCCGUACACUAUGUUCUCGCAAAACAACCUGAAGUCAGAGCCCCAACAGGUCGAGUGCUCUCUAUGUCAACGCAAAUUCAAGAAUAUACCCGCACUCAACGGCCAUAUGCGACUCCACGGCGGUUACCUCAAGAACCAGUCCCAGAACAGUGUGCCCACCAAUACUGUGAGCGUCAAAAAGGAGACCAACAAUAAGGUGGACAGCAAUCAGAUGAACGCCAACGUGAAGGCCAUACUGGAUGUGAUCAAAGAGAAGAUCUCGAGAAAACAGGCGGCCGCUAACGGUCUAAUAGCGCCACCGCCGUCGCAGCCACCAGUACUUCAGCCGCCGCCACCACUACUGCAGCCCCACUCAGUCCAACCGCACCACACGUCUCAACCCGUGUCACACAUACAGCAACACCAGUCGUCCACUUCGGCGGCGCAGCACAACAACCAGAUGCCGCUCAAUAGCCCGAUGGCGCCCAUACUGUCACCGGUGACACCCGUGACGCCGACGACAACACACGGCGGUAACGCUUCCACGUUUAGCUACGAUUUUCAUCACCCGUCGGCCAACGAUAUGCAGCAGCAGUUUGGCCGCGGAGUUGUUGUCGGCGGCGGUGGCGGUGGCGGCGAUCACAACGGCCUCUACAACCACUACGACAAUCAGCUGCUGUUGUUGAAGCAACAGUUGCAACAAACGGAACAGUUCCGGAUGCCGUCGCAGCCGCCGACCACCAGCGUUCAGAGCAGAUUCCUGGCCGCGCAGGAACAGCGCCAACAACAGCAGCGCCGCCACAGCGACUCCAGCGAUAUGGGCGUCAAUUGCGAGGUCCAGAGUCCGGGCCCUAACCCACAGCAGCACCAGUCGUACGGCCAGAGCGCCGAUGAGUGCUACACAAACCAACAGUUCAACGACUUGUUGCGGCGCCGAACGCAGCGGACAAUAUCGGAUCCGGGCUCUGAUCAGCCCUUAAUGACCAUCAAUACCGGGUAUCAACAGCAACAACAACAGCAGCAACAGAUGUUUGGCCACCAGUACUACAAUCACUCGCAUUCGGUGCCCACAACGCCGACGGUAUGCCACAACGGCGCUGGACUGCAGCCCCACUCACUGCCGUCGACACCGACAGCGGGCGCCGCUCCGGUGACGUUCGCGCACUCGCCCAACAGUCGCGCUUCCCUACCGACCACUCCGGACGCGGCCGGCGGUGGCCAACAGUUUAACUUCAUGCCAGUGCCCGCGUCGCCCAUCAAUCACGGCUCAGUGCACUCGCAGUACUCGACAUCGCCGUCGUCUGUGGCCGCGCAGUACUCGCCAAACACCCCUUACUCGCCGAACACGCCGUACUCGCCAUCGCACGCAGCCGUACAGCACUUUACGUAUACGGUUCCCCAACACCAACCGCCACAACCACAACAGUCUCAGCAACCGCAACAACAGUCGGCCCCCGAUGUCUUCGACGAGCCCAUGAAUGACACGUACGAAGACUCCCAGAUGUACGACGCGAUUGUCGAUUAUACCAAUAGUGGCGGCGCUGUUGUCGUGAAUAACGCGCCGGCCGUCGAUCACCAGACCAUACCUGAGCAUCAUUUUAACUUUGACGCCAAUAUGAACCCAACCGACGCCUACUUUGACGCCCAGAACGAUAUGAUGGCCGACAGCGUGAGCCACGGCGACGACCAGCGGUCGCCAAAUGUGCAACACGUGAGCCAUCGGAUGGACACACAGCCCAUCGAACACAUGUCCGUCGAAUCCAUGUCUCCGCAACAGCAGUUGCCUCCGCAGAAGCAACAGUUCUUCGGCAACUUUGCGCCCACGACAGCGACCACUAGUCACGAAUACGCGCCGAUCGCCACCACUUCCAACAACAACAACAAUCACCACUACGUCCAGCCGUCCAAUUACUGGACGCCACAGUCUUCGUCGCUCGGGAACAGCGUCCACAUGAAACCGCAGGCCUUACAACAGCCGCACCCAACGGAACAGCACCACAACCUGAUGCCAAAGCAGUCAUCCAAUGAUCAUCACCAACAGCGCCACCAAAUGAACGCAAACCACUACUCAAUGCAGCCGUCGUUAGGGUCGUCGUCGACGGGCCACCAGUCAGUGGCGGCCGGACAGCACCCGACUGUCGUUACCGGUAUGUCAUCGUCGCACACGCCUAACAUUGCUUACCAUCAGUCGUCCACUUCAGUCGCUCAUCACCACAACCAACAGCAGCAGCAACAACAACAGCCACCGACACCACAACCACCACCGCUGCUGUCGCGACCGAGCGGUUACCAUCACCACCAGCUGCUGCAGCAGCGGUCUGUGCCCAGCAUACGGAGCAGCACAUCAUCGCCGCCGCAUCUGGUCGUGAAUCUGGAACGGAUUGACGAGUGCGACGAAGACGCCACCGACGACGUGUUCCUGAGUCCGGUCGGAGUCGCGCCGUCGCCCAAACGCAUGUCACCCGCAGUGGUGGGCGGCGGCGGUUGCGUGGCGUCGCCCAAACGACCGAAGCAUCGACCGGAACCGCUAUACAUACCGCCGCACGUCAACACAUGUGGCUAUCAGUCGCGACUCCGGUCUCCGCGCCUAUGGGAUCCGUCAGUUGUGCCGCCGGUGAACCUCUCGCCGCCGCCGUACACACCGCCACCGAUGCUGUCGCCGGUGCGCUCGGGUCCGGGCCUGUUCUGGCACAUCAUCAGCGGCAGUAUGACGCCGAAGAGCGGUGCUCCCAUUCAACCCAAGUUUGUGUACUCGCGGAAGAGCUCGUCCGACACGAAGUACAAAGAGUUUGCCGAAGAGGUGUUCGCCGCGUCGGCGGCGGCGGCCGCUCACCAAUCCAUCGCUCAGACGCCGACCACAGCGUACGAGCCGUACGAUUGCGAGAUACCCGAGACGGACAUUCAGCCACACGUGAACAUUGGGCCCAACUUUCAGGCGCGCAUUCCCGCCUUCAACAAGAAUCGCGAUGAGGCCAAGUAUAGGGCCGAGAAGGCGGACCUGGUGUGGGACCCGUCCGCCGCCGAACAGUUGACCCACGAAGACAUCGAGUCCUAUCUGGAGCUGUCGUGCUGUGCGUGCGUUCCCGGUUCGGGUCGGAACAAGGAGUACGCCAUGCAUUUGCUGCACAUAACUAAUGGUGAUAUCCAAGAGGCCAUCUCUAAGCUACUGGAGCCGCACCCGACCAUCGCCGACGGCCACCCGCUUUCCGACUAUCACUACUCCGAAAAUGACAUUUGGGUUCCGCAAGAGAUCGAGUCAUACCAGUGCGCGCUUAACAAAUGUGAUAAAGACUUCUUCGGCAUCGCUAAAGAGAUCGGCACCAAAUCCGUGAAACAAUGCAUACAAUUCUACUACAUGUGGAAGAAGGUGUGUCCCGAAGAGUACCGACGGAUGCGUAUAAUACGGCGAAAGCGGGAAAACGAAACAAUUUUUUAUAAUCUGCGGUCAAAAGAGGGCGAAGAGAACAACAACACCAAUAACCACAACAACAAUAAUAACAUAGACUUCGACAACAACGACACAGACCUGACCAACGGUGGACUCGUGACGAGUGGCCACUCGUCGGACGUGGACGACAACAUCUCGUCGUUCAUGGAUUCGGCGAACCCGAGUCCGGCCACUAGUGUGGGGUCGGCGACGGCUGCGGCCGCCGUCGUGUCUGCGGUGGACUAUCCGUGCAAACUGUGCGGCAAAGUGUUCCAGAAGGUGAAGAGCCGGUCGGCGCACAUGAAGAUCCACGGGAGCGGUGCGGCCAAGUAUUGACCACCACUUUUGCCGGUAUCUCUAAACGCGUAAAUGGUUUUUAAUUGUGAGACUAUUUUUAAGCGAAAAUGAUAUUUAUUUUUAAAUCGAAAAACAUUUGAACCGAAAUCGAUGUCGAAUUAAUUAAUUCGAAUUAAUUUAUUAAAAACAGUCGAUUUUGACCCAAAACCUGUAUGCAUUGAGAGAUUUAUUUAGGAAAAUGAUUGGCAUAUUUAGUGACAAUACAAGUCACACAUGAAUUUAUUUAUGCUAUAAAUAUAUUAUACAUCUCUUUCUCUCAUUCAUUGACUUUUUACAUAAAGAAACGGCCCAUUCGUACGCCUCCUCCCCGACCCCCCAAACCAUUCAUACAUUAUAUAUAAAUUGUUGCCAUUUAUUAUUGAUUAUUAUAUGAAAAUAUAUAUUGGAUUUAACGUAACGUUUAGGCGAAUGAAUGAAAUUGUCUAUAAAUAU